AUGCCUCCAAUCAACCCCUUGAUAUAUGCGGAACUUCUGUCCAAUAUUCGACAGAUAUCUAUCCUGGCGUUCUUGGAUACACCAUCUGAUUCUUCCACAAAGGCUGAAUUAUCGGCCGAUGGAACCUUAUUGGCAUUGAGGCAUGCCGAACAAGAUAUUCUAUUAACGCUUCCCGGUCAGGUAGUAUCAGACUCAAAACUACGAGAAUUCCCUCUUGGUAGUCUUGAAUUGUCGUGGCGUCUUCCUUUGGCAGGAGACUUUCAAAGAGCUGAUGUGGACAUCACACAAACCAUUGAAGCACCAUGGUCCGCAAAAGAUAUGGUUCCUGGCGAACAAUUAUUCGAAUGUCGCAGGUGCUCUACGACUAUCGUGGAACCAGAUCGUAUAAAUGAAUGGAGGGACCUUCCAAGUGAAGGUUGGGCAGAAAUGAUGGAUUUCUGGCAUUGUCACAAACCAUCGGACCAUGCUGACCAUAAUCAUGAAAACGAAAAUUUGGCUUCAACGAAAGGUUAUGGAGCAAAUACAAAGUUCAAUGCACAGCCACGAAUUGGUUUCAUGGAUCAUUCAACUUUUCUCUUGGCGGAAACCGAUUGUACUCUUCCCCCAGGAGGUAACGAGAUAAAGCGUACUAUAAAAUGUGAAGUGUGUCUCGCUACGAUUGGAACUAGUGAUCCUCAAAAUGAAGGGAUACGACUUUUCAAAUGGAGUUUGCGCAUGCGGACUCUCGAGGGCUCUCAAUUAUCCAAUCUUUCGGAUAAGUUUCUUGAGCCAUCGAUGGCCAGGAUUAUUUCGGCACAAUUUUUGGGAAUAAUGAACUCAUCUUGCGUUUCCCGUCUGAACAUAUUGCCUUUGAAAAAUCCAACCGAUUAUGGAAUAGAGUGGCAAGGUCUUAGUAUUUGGAUCUUCAAUCCCUCGAUUAGAUAUACUACUUCAUACUUCUAUCAUCGUAGGUUGAUGCGUAUCUCGGAGACACCCGGUAAGCCUGGAAUAUUGGCUAUGAAAAUCCUUUCUAAGCCCUUUGCUCUGACUAGGGAUCCAUCUAUAAAUGAUGAGUCUGUGGAGGAACUAGAGUUGCCGGGAGAAAUAAUACAUGAGCUUAAGCAUUAUCUAGGGAAAAGUGCAGAACAAUAUCUUCCACCAAGUGCUAGGAAGUUUCAGGAAUGGAGUGUGUCUAUUUUGGGUAGGCACGAAGCACCCGCUUGAAGAGACAAUCCACUGUUAUUUCUGUGUAUUUCAACGCUGGAGAUUUGCAGCUUCAAGCUGUAAUUGUGUUCUGCUGGUGGAUUUCGAUAAUACUUAUUGAAAAUAAAUUCAUGAUCAUA